AUGAGGCCGGAGUUCUGCUCUCAGCAUGCGAAGCCAGGGAUGAUCAACGUUCGCAAAAAGAGGUGUUGCCACCCAGGGUGCACUAAAAAGCCAUCCUUCGGUACAGCCGGCAGCAAAAAGGCGGAGUUCUGCUCUCAGCACUCCAAGAAAGACAUGGUCAACGUCGUUGGCAGGAGGUGCGGUCACCCAGGCUGCACCAUAUUGCCGUCGUUUGGCAAAGACGGCACCAAGAAGCCGGAGCUUUGCUCUCAGCACGCGAAGCAGGACAUGAUCAAUGUGCACAGUAAGAGGUGCGGCCACCCGGGGUGCACGAAGCGGCCGUCAUUUGGUACGAGCGGAAGCAAGAAGGCGGAGUUUUGCUCUCAGCACGCGAAGUAG